AUGCAACACUGCUACAACAGGCUGCCAAUACCGCUGUUAUUGAUCCAGUCUACCAACACCGACCGGGACGCCGUCGGGCGUCGACCAGCUGCAGGCUGGCUGCUACUCUCUGUUCUGCAGUUGGUCUGCUUCACUGCUGGUCCAGCGUCAAGGCGUCCAGUGUCAACCAACUACCUGUUCGAGACGACGCGCCGUGGACCUCUUUCCAGACAUAGCAAAAUCAAUAUUAUUGUCACACCUUUGCCAGUGCAUCGUCGCCGUUCCACUGGUCACCACUCGUCCGGAAUAACCGCACUGGGACUUGUGUCUUCGCAUUCGAUUGCUGCUCCAUCUGUCAGGCGUACACUGUAUCUGCAGGGCUCUACCACGAAAAUCCAUGCUGUAGGUAUUUUCCACUUUUUUCAAAGUUUAGAUUUAGAUGACUGA